AUGACUAUAAAAGAACGCCAUUUAUUUGUUUUGGUUCAUGGGCUCUUUGGGAGACCUACGAACCUGGAAUGCGUCAAAGAGUCGCUUGAAUCUGAAUUUCCUCCUUCAAAAAUUGAUGAACAUGGCGUCGACAUUUUUCUUAUUCAAGGAAAUGCUGCAUUUUAUUCUUAUGAUGGGAUUCGGGUCGGUGGACUUAGAAUUGUGAAUGAAGUCUCGGAUUACUUGAAAAAAAUGAACGGCAAACCGGGAGACAAAACACAAAAAGAUAUUGUCUACACAAAAAUUUCUUUUGUAGGAUAUUCCCUAGGUGGACUAUGGUGUCGGUUUGCAAUUGGCGAGUUUUAUCGACGUGAUAUUUUUCUCUGUCCUAAUAAAAAAGAUAACGGCGCAAACAAGCCUGAAUGGUUACGUCAACAACUUUCACCAGAAAUCUAUACCACUUUUGCCACUCCUCAUCUUGGCAAUGUUUUUCAAGGAAGUAAGCCUAGAGCUCGUUUUUUUAACGUUCUUGGUUCAAGUUUAUUAGGAUACUCUGGUCAGGAUCUCUUUUUAGUGCCUGCUGAAAACACAGUUCCCAAUGGGGACUGGAUACUUGAAAAUGAUGCUUGGAAAGGAAAAUCUUUAUUGUCGAUAAUGAGUGAUCCAGAAAGUGUUUUUUUUAAAGGUCUCAAACAAUUUCGAGAAAGAAUCAUCUAUGCUAAUGCAGUUAACGAUCUAACGGUCCCCUUUCAUACAGGGUAUAUGAGCCUUCAAAACCCGUUUCGAAAAAGUGGUCAUGUUCUUCUCAAAAUGGUGACGUUAUCGUCUGAUUCUAAAGAUUUAAGUAAUGCGAACCAAGGCGAUAGUGUUAUAGACGAGAACACUCCCUUGGCCAAGGAUCUGAAAACAGAAGGAAACAUACGCCAAGUAGUAGUUGAUGUCAGUAGAUCUAGAUAUAUUGCACAUCCUUUUACAAUAGAUAAAGAUGACAAGCAAAAGGGUAAAUCAUCAUCGAACUCUACUCCUUCAUACUGGGGUGUUUUGACCACUCUCGUUGUUCUGGGACCAAUUGUUUUUCCUAUUGUGAUUCUUGUUUCAGGUAUUGCGACAUUAUUUAGCUCUUGGAGAGUAAGAAAUCUAAAAGGCGAUACAGCUGGUGGCAUCAAGGAGCCUGCUGUUGUACCAAGAAAACGAAGAAACUCGCUUAAAGAAGAAAUUGCUGAAGCGACUGGCCGUGCGAUAGACGAUUACGUUGUUGAGACAGACUCCACUGAAGUCGAGGGAAACAGUGCUGUAGAAAGGGAUGAGGAAGAAAUAGAUGAAACAGACGAUAAUUAUAAUUUGGAAAGUGGAGUUCCUCUUUUUGAUAAAUCUGUUCCUUACCUGAAUCUUUCGGAGGAUGUCAAGCAGAUGUAUUUUAAUUUGAAUGGUAACGGCUCAGGUACAAGCGAAGCCAACUCCAACAAAGGCUUGAUUUGGGACAAGAGAAUGGUUUAUCUUUAUCGGUUUAAUACACACAGCGAAAUCAUCAAUCGAAUGAAUUUUAAAAACAAUAGAGGACGUUAUGUCGUUCAAGAUUGGGUUAAAAGUAUUUCAAGUAAAUUGUAA